CGCGCGCCCGCGGCUCCUGGGAUCGGCGGUAGUUCUCCGCGUGGGUCCCGCCCUUGGCCGCCGCGACUCAAGGACACACUUCCCAGGAGCCCUCGCGGCGGCGCGCCGAGAGCCCCGUGGCCGUGAUUGGCUGGAGAGCCGGCCGCACGCGGAGGAGCUCAAGGAGCAGCUCUGUUGCGACAGAGGCCGAGCGGCGAGGCCCGACUCCCUGAAAGAACAGUGACCUACCCCUGUGGCUCAGCACCAUGCCCUCUGACCUGGCCAAGAAGAAGGCUGCCAAAAAGAAGGAAGCUGCCAAAGCUCGACAGCGGCCCAGAAAGGGACAUGAAGAAAACGGAGAUGCUGUGACAGAACCACAGGCAGCAGAGGAGAAAAAUGAGGCCAAUGGCAGAGAGACUACAGAAGUGGAUUUACUGACCAAGGAGCUAGAGGACUUUGAGAUGAAGAAAGCUGCUGCUCGAGCUGUCACUGGUGUCCUGGCUUCUCACCCCAAUAGUACUGAUGUCCACAUUAUCAACCUCUCACUCACCUUUCAUGGUCAAGAGCUGCUCAGUGACACCAAACUGGAAUUAAAUUCAGGGCGUCGUUAUGGCCUCAUUGGCUUAAAUGGAAUAGGAAAGUCCAUGCUGCUCUCUGCUAUUGGGAAACGUGAAGUGCCCAUCCCUGAGCACAUCGAUAUCUACCAUCUGACCCGAGAGAUGCCCCCUAGUGACAAAACACCCUUGCAGUGUGUGAUGGAAGUGGACACAGAGCGGGCCAUGCUGGAGAGGGAGGCUGAGCGGCUAGCUCAUGAGGAUGCGGAGUGUGAGAAGCUCAUGGAACUCUACGAGCGCCUGGAGGAGUUGGAUGCUGACAAGGCAGAGAUGAGGGCCUCGCGGAUAUUGCACGGACUGGGUUUUACACCUGCCAUGCAACGCAAGAAGCUAAAAGACUUCAGUGGGGGCUGGAGGAUGAGGGUUGCCCUUGCCAGAGCCCUCUUUAUCCGGCCCUUCAUGCUGCUCCUGGAUGAGCCCACCAACCACUUGGACCUAGACGCUUGUGUGUGGUUGGAAGAAGAACUAAAGACUUUUAAGCGCAUCCUGGUCCUGGUGUCCCACUCUCAAGAUUUCCUGAAUGGUGUCUGUACCAAUAUCAUUCAUAUGCACAACAAGAAACUGAAGUACUAUACGGGUAAUUAUGAUCAGUAUGUGAAGACACGACUGGAGCUGGAGGAGAACCAGAUGAAGAGGUUUCACUGGGAGCAAGAUCAGAUUGCACACAUGAAGAACUACAUUGCUAGAUUUGGUCAUGGCAGUGCCAAGCUGGCCCGGCAGGCCCAGAGCAAGGAAAAGACACUACAGAAAAUGAUGGCAUCAGGACUGACGGAAAGGGUCGUGAGCGACAAGACACUGUCAUUUUAUUUCCCACCGUGUGGCAAGAUCCCUCCACCUGUCAUUAUGGUGCAGAACGUGAGCUUCAAGUAUACAAAAGAUGGGCCUUGCAUCUACAAUAAUCUAGAAUUUGGCAUUGACCUCGACACACGAGUGGCUCUGGUAGGGCCCAACGGAGCUGGGAAGUCAACACUUUUGAAGCUGCUAACUGGAGAGCUACUACCCACAGAUGGGAUGAUCCGGAAGCAUUCUCACGUCAAGAUAGGGCGUUACCAUCAGCAUUUACAGGAGCAGCUGGAUUUAGAUCUCUCCCCUUUGGAGUACAUGAUGAAGUGCUACCCAGAGAUCAAAGAGAAGGAGGAAAUGAGGAAGAUCAUUGGGCGAUAUGGCCUCACUGGAAAACAGCAGGUGAGCCCAAUCCGGAACCUGUCAGAUGGGCAGAAGUGCCGAGUGUGUCUGGCUUGGCUGGCCUGGCAGAACCCCCACAUGCUCUUCCUGGACGAGCCCACCAACCACCUGGACAUUGAGACUAUUGACGCCUUGGCAGAUGCCAUCAACGAGUUUGAGGGUGGUAUGAUGCUAGUCAGCCAUGACUUCAGACUUAUUCAGCAGGUUGCACAAGAAAUCUGGGUCUGUGAGAAACAGACAAUCACCAAGUGGCCUGGAGACAUCCUGGCCUACAAGGAGCACCUCAAGUCCAAGCUGGUAGACGAGGAGCCCCAGCUCACCAAGAGGACCCACAAUGUGUGAGCCCUUGGCCCCCUUGGGUCAGGAGCGCCAYCUGGGGACUACCAGCUGUUGCCUGACCAGCCACUCAGGACAGGACCCUGGGGCUGCACUCCCGCAUUGCUGCAAUACUGCCCCCAGCCUCUCCCCAUCUCAGCCUGCCUUCGCUGCACUGUUACCUUAUCUACAGCUGGACAGUACCUGUCCGUUUCCCAUCCUCCUUCCAGUUACAUCUGUCCAUGUCUGGACUUGUCUGGCUCUUCCCUCUAGCCUGUUGCUGGUUAUGUUGCCCUAAGAGAGAUGCAGCCAGAGGUUACCCUAGGGUUAGCCCAAGGACCCAUACCCUGGAUUUGGCGUGUGAAGGAGUUUUAAGAGCCUCAUUUUCUGGGUUUUGGUGAUGUUGGAGGAUUACCCCCAGCCCACCACCCCUGUUCCUUUUGCUUCUGGUUUGGAGCUCUGGACCAGGGCCUUGGUCCUGGUCCAUUUUUAAAUAAUUAUUUAACAGUGUAACUUUUAGACCUGAGUGACAUCUACAAAGUGUCCAAUAAAGAAAGAGGAACCCAUGGUCCCUCUCUUCCUUCCCAGGUCUCUGGGGCCUUCUUCCCCUCCUCCCUGCAGCACCAGCAUUCACCUCACCAAGAGUUUGAUGGGACUGAAGAUUAUCCUGUAGGAGAUGAAGAGUGUCUCCCCCUUCUGCCUUGAACUGGGACUCUUAGGCCUGURGUUCACAUACCUUAACAUGACUCUGAAUCACCUGGAGGGCUCAUCAGAUCACAGAUUGAAAGUUUCUCUCAGUAGGUCUGGGUGAGACUGAGAAUUAACAUUUCUAACAAGUUCCCUGUGAUGCAGAUGCUGAGUUGCAGGUCUAGGGGCCUUGAUUUGAAAAGCACCAUGAUAGAAUAUGUUUUUCAGAGUGUGACCCGAGACUCCUGCUACCACUUGCACCACAGUAUGUGGGACACUUGUUAAAAUGUGGAUUCUGAAGUCCAGACCUGUUGGUUUGGUGUAGGGGGAAAGAUUCAGAAAUGUCCAAGGGUUUGCAUCUCCAGCUGCUGUUCUGGAGCAAUACAGGAAGUGCAGUCAACUUACUCGUCCACCUUCAUUUUCAUCAGCCUGGGCUGGUUGACAUCCAGCCCAGGCCUCUUGGCAGCCUGUGUGGUUCUUAUGCCCCUAGGAUGUGCGCGGCCAGUGUUAGUYCUGCACUUGUCACUCUGCCUCUGAAACCUCAGCAGUCCUCCUGUGGGAAAACAGACACAGCCACAAGUUGUCAUAUUACAGUGCAUCUAAGAAGGGGGAAGAAACUCCCAGAUGGUGUCCAAACCCCCAAGGAGCUCAUAAUCGAGAGGGAAAGCCAACAAGACAUAGAAAGCACAUAAAUCAGAUGUUAAAUUGUUAUUGAGAUUAAAUUGUUGAGUAGGAGACUCAGAAGUAUUCAAAACGGGGUGCGGUUUUGCAUGAGCAGCUGCCCAGAAAGACUGGCUUAGUGUUCAACUUGAAAGAUGAGUAGGGUCUUCUCAGAUGGUCAUCAAGUUCAAGGGCUCCCUUAGGCAAAGGAGACACCAGUAAGAAACCAAGAGGCCUCUGCUGCUCCUCAGCCUUUAAGGGGCCUGGUCUGGUCACUUGUGCCAUUAAGUAG